CUGGCCUCAAGAUAUUUAAUUCAAAACUAUUCGAGUUUGGAUUAAUUUAUCAAGCAAAAUCCAAACAUAUUAGUAAAACAAUGAAAUCUGGUGGUGUUGAUACCGGCGAUGGUAAUAUUAUUUCAGAAAUUAUAAAAAAAACAUUGGAUGUUAACAAGUAUGCCACAAAGAAAACUAUAGCUCAAGGACUUCUUGACGUAGCUCUAUUAACAGCAAAUGCUUCACAACUGAAAUAUGUUCUACAAGUUGGUGAAAAGCAUGAGUUCUACGUUUUGAUGCUCACUCUCAUAAUCAUAUCCAUACUUCUCCAGGUUUUGCAAGGAUGCCUUUGUGUUGUAUUAGGAUCCCGUUUAAACAUCAACAAAGAGAACGACCAGACAGAUGCAAAUAAAGCAAAUAAUGUCAUUUUGUGUGUGAAUAUUGUAAUAAUGGCCACAAAUAUAUUGAUAAACUCAUUUGAGAUGAAGGAUGGUGAUAAUGUUGUGACGACUGAGUCACCUCUUUCAACUACUAGUGGCACAACUAGUCUAUAACAAUUGUGUAUAAAAAUAGUUCAACUGUUUUAGGAAUCCUAUGAUUAUCAUUAUCUCCCUGAUAAACAGAAAAUAUUUACUGCAAUAUAUGAAAUAAAUACGAACAUAUGAAUUCUAAAGCAGUCAUUAUAUUCCUCAAGCCCUUUCAAGACAUUAACAUUACUUAUACAUAUUUAUUUCAUUAUGCACUUUGUUAUUACCUUUGACUAAAUAAAAAAAUGUGAUGGUAUUAUAUGUGAUUACACAUAUUAUAUAGGUGUACAUAAGUUAAUAAAAAUCUGAUCUUCUAUUUAUAG